AUGCCUCCUCCUAGGGGUACUCCCAAUAUUCUCGAGGGGCCUGGUGACUAUGAUGUGACAUCCACAAUCCACAACGACACCUACCCAGCAAUCGAUCCUCUCAAGGCCGAUCUCUCUGGGAAAGCAGUCUUCAUCACCGGAGGAUCCAAGGGCUUAGGACGUGCCAUGGUGCUGUCUUUUGCCAAAGCCGGGGCAUCGUACAUCGCAGCCGGUGCCCGAUCCGACAUGACAGAGCUAGCAAAGGACGUAGCGGCAGCUGCAGCGACUGCAAAACGCAGCCCACCCAAAUUCCUGCCCAUCCAGCUGGACGUAACAGACCCGCAAAGCGUGGAAAAUGCCGCGGUCGCCGUCAAAAGCGAGUUUGGCCGCUGUGACGUCGUGGUGAACAACGCCGGGGUCCUCGGGAGAUUCGGGGGCAUUCUUCAAACCGAUCCCCAGGAAUGGUGGCAGGUUCUUGGGGUCAAUCUUCGUGGACCGUACCUUGUCUCGCGGGCCUUUCUGCCCCUUCUGCUGGAAAGUGAACUCAAGGCCUUGGUACAUGUCACCAGCGUCGCGGCGCAUCUUCUCAACCCGACUCUCAGCGCUUAUCAGACUUCGAAGAUGGCUUUGCUGAAAUUCAGCCAGCUGGUACACGCGGAAUUUGGUUCGAAGGGGCUUGUUACUUUUGCUGUUCAUCCGGGGAAUUGCCCUACGGACAUCAUGGGAGGCCCUGAUGGUUUAAGUGAGCAUGAGAAACUCAUCUUUGUCGAAACACCCGAAAUCAGCGCAGAUACCAUUGUCUAUCUCACCUCCGAGAAACGGGACUGGCUUGGAGGACGAUAUAUCAAUGUCACUUGGGACAUGCCCGAGCUUAUAGCUAUGAAAGACGAAAUCGUUCAAGGAGACAAGUUGAAAGUGAAAUUUAUCUACUAG